UGCUUGGGGGGUGUGCCUCAUAAUUCAGAAAUAAAAACAGAGAGAGAAAAGAGGACCCGAAGAAGAAACAAGAAGAAGAGGAAGAAGAAGCAGCAAAGAAGAGCUUCGUUCUGGUGUUCAAGAAUCCGCACUUAGUAACUGAGUCAUGGGGGAUUCGAGUGACUCAGUCUCCAUUGACAUUGAUAUGAUACCUUUAGGAGGGAAGGAAUGUGUGGUGAACACAAGCAAAGGUUCAGUCUCUGUGCUUGUUUGUGGGGAUCAAGGAAAGCCUGCUUUGAUAACAUACCCUGACGUUGCUCUCAAUUACAUGUCCUGUUUCCAAGGCCUCCUCUUUUGCUCAGAUGCUGCUUCGUUGCUGCUUCACAACUUUUGCAUUUACCACAUUGAUGCACCCGGCCAUGAGUUGGGAGCUGAUGUGAUUUCUUCAGAUGUCCGCUUGCUUAGCGUGGAUGACCUUGCAGACCAGGUGGUCGAAGUGCUUGAUUUCUUUGGGUUGAAAGAAGUCAUGUGCUUGGGUGUAACAGCUGGUGCUUAUAUCCUUACCCUCUUUGCAAUGAAGUAUAAAGAACGAGUGCUUGGGUUAGUACUCGUGUCUCCAAUCUGCAAAGUACCUUCGUGGACUGAAUGGCUUUACAACAAGGUAUUGUUGAACUUGCUAUACUUCUAUGGUAUGUGUGAUGUAGUGAAGGAAUGCCUUCUGCAGCGAUACUUCAGUGAGGAGCUUAGGUCUGGCAGACAUGGUGCAGAAUCAGAUAUUAUACAAGCUUGCCGAAGGUUACUGGAUGAAAGGCAAAGUUUGAAUGUCAUGCGAUUCCUUCAAGCAAUUAAUGAGAGGCAUGACCUUACAGAGGGCUUGAAGAAUUUGCAGUGUAAGACACUUAUUUUUGUGGGUGACAGUAGUCCAUUCCAUGCUGAAUCUGUGUAUAUGAAUGCCAAAAUGAACAGAAGAAGCUGUGCUCUUGUUGAGGUUCAGGCAUGUGGCUCACUGGUAACAGAAGAGCACCCAUACACCAUGAUAACUCCGAUUGAGUUCUUCCUCAGGGGUUUUGGCUACUACAGACAACCACAUUUUACUUCCUCAUCAAGUAAUGACUCCAAUCCCACCAGUCCCUCAAACCAAUCAUGCAUAGCUCCAGAACUUCUUUCUCCUGAGAGUCUAGGAAUCAAGCUCAAACCCAUCAAAACCCGGGUAGCUAUUAAAAUUUGAUGGACAUAUGUGUAAGUAAGGAUCUUAAGUUUCAAGACAAUUCCAUUGUAUUGCAUGCUGCCAAUGUCACAACAGAAGAAGGGGAUUGGAAAGCUUUGCAUGUAUAUGGCUGUAUCAGAUAGUAGGAAAUUCUUUGAAUGUAGUGGUGGGGAGGAUAGGUUUAGAUUAGAUAGCUAAACUAGGAAAAUGUUGUAGUUGGGUAGAAAAUUCUUUGAGAUUUGUUC